AUGCAUUAUCUUGCCUUCGUUACGAUUACGCUGUGGUUAGCAAAUACAGCCAAUGAAUGUCUCGGAACAUCCGGUGAAGUUUUCGUUCCGCAUCAUUCUUCUGCUUUACGAAUGCGCUUCAGUGAUGAUGUAUUUCAGCAAUUAUCCAGAGUAGUCGAAUAUUUAUUCAUAAAGUAUACGAAACGAGUACUGAUUCCACCGCAACAACAAUGCUUUCCAGAAGGAUGUGUUAGAAUUCAGAAUCUCAAAAUUAUUGCACAAGAAAAUCCAACACACGUCGGAAUGAUGCCAACACCACCACGAUUUUUAACACUUACUAUUAGUGGCUUUAACUUUUACAUCGCAGGUACGUUAUACGGGCAAUUACAACUAUUACCGCUAUUACCAAUGACAAUACCAACAUUUGGGACAUUAGCAAUAUCUGCCAAUCAGCUUGUCAUAGAAACUAUAUUUGAUAUUCGGAAAACCGUGGAUGAUAUACUCUAUAUUCAAGUAAUCAGUUGUUCUCUAAUUAAUGAAGUUAUUCUCGCUCAAGUAGAUAAUAUGGGCCUGUUCACCGUUAUUGUUAAUGCCAAAUAUCAGCGCGAAAUAACGGCAAAAGCUCGAGAGAUGUUAGAAGAAACUCUUUGCAGUACCAUAAAUAAUGUGGUCAAUAAUGAAAUGAAUAGUCAAUUACUUCAAAUACCAAAUCAAAUAUCCAUCAUUGAUUUAUAUCGAAUGAUUUUUGAAAAUUCGGAUAAUAUAAGCGGUCAGAAGAAAGCAGCACUGAGAUCCGAAUCAAACUAUCUGCAUGUUCCAACACAAUUUAAAUUCCAAACGCCCUUUGGAAAAGAUAUGUUGCACGAAUCACAGUUAGGUAAAUUGAAUGGAUUAUUCAGCACCUCACUCGAUAAAGAUAAAAUAGAAACAAAAAUUCUAAAUUCAUCUUCCUUCCCAACAACUGUAACACUUCAAAAAUCAAAAGGAAUUUUGUCCAGCAUUAAUAAUAAUUCGGAAAUUUGGUGGAAAAAGCUAUCCCUGUUAAUUGUUUCGCUAAGCAUUCUAGACACCAGCGCAGCGUACGGUAGAUUUUUCACCGGCCUGGAUGGUAAUGUAUAUAUUAAAACAUAUGAUCAAAUUAAAAAUCCUUAUCAACGACCAGAAAGAUUACGAUUCACUAAAACAAUGAACGGAAAUGCCGUAGACUUAUUGAUAUCGGAAUAUACCAUCAAUACACUUCUCCUUAAAGCACAUAUAAUUGGUGCGUUAGUUUUCAGUGUGAACUCAGGAACACCUGUGCUUGGUAAAUUAAUACGCACAUCAUGUGGAAUAGAUGAAGUUUGUCUAUCGGAUAUUAUUCCAAAAAUUGCCGAAACAUAUCCAAAUAAGCAACUUGAAAUUAUCCUACGUACCACUGAACCACCUAAAGCAGUGAUUUCGGCAGGUACCGCUAUUCUGAUGCUAGAAGGUCGGGCGAUAUUUUUCGUUGAAGGAACAACCAAGAAAAUUGGUAUAAUACCGUUUAGUACGAUUAUGCAAUGCAAAAUUACAAGCUUACCUCGCCAUAUUACUGGGUCGAUACAAAUAAAAACACUACGAUUUCAUGAACAUAUCGAUUUUUUCGGUCUUUCAUUGCAAUCUUUGAAUAAUUUCAAGGAAGCAGCAAAAGGUGCUGUGAUUAAAAUGAUAAAUGGAAUACUUCGAGAAGGUAUCAGUUUAAAUGAAUCAACAGGAUCACGAUUGUCUAAUACAUCUAUCAGCAUAGUUGAUAGAGCUGUUUUAUUGCAAACGAAACUUGAUAUUGAGAGAAGUUUCUACCAGCAAAUGUCAAUUUCAGCGUAG